CCCAACCCAAGUAAAGCCCCAAGCUCUCAAGCAGAUUUUACUGUUUCCUGCUUUGCUUGAAGGUUAUAAUUUAUUGGUGUUUUGGUGUAUUCACAAGUCCAAAGGGAGAAUAUUUCGUAUUCAUGGUAAUUUAUAGAUCAAAAACACAGGUUAUUCCUCAUUUGCCGUUCGCUUCCAGUAAAGAUCAAUCAAUGUGUUAUUAUUUUAUGUUCGGCUAUGAAGGGCAUCUGCACUAAACCUCCUCUUCAGUGGCCGUCAAACUUCGCGUGUACGCCUAUCUCUGUGAAGUCAUAACAACGUAAAUCAAGACUGUGGUGAUAAGAGGAGCUCAAAUUGUUUGUCUAAGCUUUCGUAAUGGCGUUCAUAUCGCCAUCCGCUGCAUCAAAAUGCAUCAAGGUGGCUAUAAAAAACCUGCAAGGUAUAUGUGACAUGAGAGUGAAAGGAUCCUCGCUCAUCUAGCGUCAAAAUAUCUUGAUCAUGCAGAGAGGCGUAGACGCUUAUAAGUGGCGAAGUCGAUCAAAGAAGCGAAGUUCACGGAUCUACGAAUAUAACUGAUUAGCAGAGACCAACAGCCAAUACCGUACCAGCCUUUAUUUGGGGAAGACUCUUAGCAGGAUAUCAGUUAAAGUUUCUUCGCAGUGUUGAGUAAGAGUAAGCAAUUAGAUUCGCGUCGGAAAGCAAAAGAGGCGGGAAGUCGACGGUUCUUUUUUUAUUAUUCCGCGUUCUGUCACCAGAAAACAGAAAGUGCGCAUAACACCAGCCAAGAUUUGAUUAUGCUCUGCGCUCUCCAAACUCGCUUGGUGAAAUGAGGGCGCUUAUUAAACACAUCGCGAUCAUCGGCACUUUGCUGAUAUUAGCUGGACUUGCAGACUGCCUUUACUGUCAUCAAGAGACCGACUGCUUUGGCGUCUACCCGCACUGUUGCGACGGUCACUGCAAGAAGACAUGUAACACGUCAUGCACCACUUCUAACGACUGUGGCUCCCCCAAUAGCCUUCAGGAGAAGUGCUGCAAUGGCAAAUGCGUCAGCAUUAAUACCAUUUGUCCUAACACAACUACAUCCUCCACGCAACUCAGCCCCGCCAUCAUCGCCGUCCUUGUCGUGUGCAUAGUGGUGUUCGCCGCGCUAGGUAGUGUCGCCCUUGUUUCGUACCUCUGUAAGUGCGGGUUCUACUCCAGGCGAAGCCGUUCAAUGAGCGUUUUCACGCCGUGUCAAGGCGGCAAUAAGCGCGACAGUGGCACGGCGUCCUGUGUGGUGGCCGUCAAGGUGACAAAGGCAGGCGAGCAGGAAAAAGCUCCGAAAACGCACAUCUACGCUGAGACUUCGUGGGUGGGAAAGGAUUUUAUUCAGUCAAAGGGAGCGUACACGAACAUUUCAAAGACUGUAGAGAAUGAAGACUAAAGCAAUAGAGAGGUUUUUAAAACUUAAUGGGUUGACAAACAUUAAAAAAAUCAAGGGGUGAUAACCAGAAAUCGACGGAGAUCUGUUUCAUUCUCGACAGAAUUUGAGUCCGUCUAAAAGAUCGUAAAUUAAACUAGUGAAUAGUAUACAAGCCACCGAAAAGACCUAGAACAACAAAGAAGUGAUACUCGAAGGCAAGGUGAAGUCGUGCUGUUUUAAGGACAUCUGUUUAGAUUUAUCAUUAUGUGGUUUAUUUGAUCUAUUAGUCAAAUUUCGUAUAGCCAAGGAAUGCAUAUCAACCACCAGAUAUAGUUUGGUGUCAAGAAUCGCUGUCAAUUAGCACAUUUACGGACGAUAUUCCUGGCCUAAUGGGUCUUCCCUUCAAGUGUGUUACGAUGCCGCCUUCAAUUGGGUCGAACAAUACACAGAACAAUACUAGGUUAACAGGUUCAAUGAUUAUUAAACUUUUAGGAGUAGGAAUGACAGGAGUUCACUAGUCACUAGACCUAGCGGGCUAUAGAGAACCCGACAAAAUGCUUUUAUUCUUCAUUAAUGAACAAGGAGGCCGCUAUCGCUUUUAAAUAGUACAAGCGGAUCUUGUGGCCUAAAAGCGAUAUAUCAAUAUGAGUUAGUUUAAUAGUGUGAUGUUUUUGGAUUUUCUUCUUAUACGUGCAUCGCAGUAUGUCUGUUUUUCUUUUGCUUCUCGCCUCAGGUCACUUCCAUUUUAUCUUCUACCCCACUGGGUAAAGUGCCAUCCAAAAAAAAUCAUAACAAGAGAAUGCAUACAAAAAUAUAAAUAGUCCAACUUUGUAUAUAAACUUUGGUCGUUAGCAAGUAAAUAAAGUAACGAUGAUGUUU